GAUCCAAUUUAUCUCUCAAGUUCCUCGGGUAUUGAAUUGAAGCACCACUAGCUUUCUUAACGUGCGCAUUAACUCAAACCCUUCAAAUUUGGACAGAUUUGGUAGACUGUGUUCAAGCUUGCGACGGAUGUGAAAUGGGCUACCUAGAUAAAGCUUUGGAACACUUGGUGAGAGCCGGCGUUUCGAAGGCUGAAAACUAUCCAUACAUGGCCAUGACCCAACUUUGUGACACUUCUGUGGCCCGUUACAUAUCUAUUGGGGGUUUCGAGGAGAUCCUAAGUCAAGAACAGGCCGAAAGGGAUUUGUACUGGAGUCCAAUUCCCAGCAAUAUGCACGUCCCUGUAGGCAGUGAGCUGCACUACUAUGUGUCCGGGGUGAUCGAUGUCUUAACCGGUUGCUCUAACGACAAAGCUCACGGAAAUCACGGUGUUGUAAUCGUUGGCCACUACACAGAUGCUUGGGUUCUCCGGAACAGUUGGGGCUCCGAAUGGGGUUUGCAGGGUCAUUUCAUCCUCAAAAAAGGUAUCUGCGGAGUCACAAAAUAUGCCUACAAAGUGAACGGCCCAUUCCAAAGAGUGGUAACACAAAGUCUUUAUGAUUUAUAUUGAUGUGCGACGCUUUCCAACCUAAAUUUCGCCUUCAAAUUCCCCAGAUACACAUCGGAAAGCACUAAGAGUAACA